AGCCGGUGGAGGCAGUGUAUGGAGGGAGUGCAGACAGAGAGGAGGGACUGGGCGAGCCAGGUGGCCGGGGCCGCCAUGGUCCCUCCUCCAGACUGGGAACAUAAUACACCCGCCAGCAGCACCACCUCGUCCAGUGACCGUGUGCUGUAUCCUCAUGCUGUACUUACAGUGGACUUACUGUACUUAUACACCGGGACGUACAGUGCUAAUGACGACAGGAGUCUGAGUACAGAACUGGGUUGUGUAAUUAGUGACAGUAUGACUGAGAGCGGGAAGAUAGAUUCCCCGCCUAGGAAGAAGUCCAAGGUCUGGUAUCAACAGGUCUUCAACAACGAGUGGCUCCGUGACCCUGACCUCAAGACCUGGCUCAAGCCAGACUCUAAUGACAAGUUCUCUGCAGUAUGCAACGUCUGCGAUUGCAAACUUAAGAACUGCAACAAGUCUUCACUUCUCAGCCACAAAAAUUCCAAGAAACACAUGAGAAACGACACGGCUAGGAAAAAUUCUUCUGAACUUCAAAACAAGAAAAUUGAAGAGUCCGUUGAAGAUAACUGUGUGGUAGCUGAGGUACAAGAACGUGAAACCAUAUAUAUUAGACAUCCUAGAAAGGGUAUGAUCAUUGAAUCUAGUAACAUAACUCUUCCAGAGGGGAAAAUCAUCAAAUCACCACCAGUACAAAAAAAUUCACCAGUUGAAUAUGAGAUCAAGUGGAGUCCCUCUUCAGCAGCAUCCAGUCCAGUGGAAGAUCAGAUGCAAUGGAAGGAUUCAGUUUCGGUGAUUAAUGUGUUUGAUGAUGAUCAAAGCUCAGAAAAGGGCAGCAUAAUCGUGAAGAAGGAGAUACAGCAAAACAUGGAAACCAGGAGGAGUGCAGGCAAAGCUUUCAUACAUUCAACUCCAACUCGCCUCAAAACUUCAGUACUACCUAGUGGUUUGAUCCAUGCAGGUGGGCCGGCAUCAGCCACCCCAGCAGGUGGGCCGGCAUCAGCCACCCCAGCAGGUGGGCCGGCAGCGGUCCCUCCAGCUGCUGCUACUCAUGUCCAACUCUCUAUGCCACCAUCCGUGCCAUUCAUCUUGGGAGAGGACAAGGACGAAAAAGUCAAAGAUUUUCAAAAAGCUGUGAUUAAGAAUAGGAUAUCUGCAGUGAAAAUUCCCCAAUUUUGGUAUUGUGAUGAAAUUGACAUGACUGUGCUGGUUAACCUGCAUGAUAAACUGAAGAAUAUGGCUGCUGUCCACGGUGUACAUUUCUCGUACAUGUCUGUCUUCAUCAAAGCAGCAUCAAUGGCCCUUUCCCAUUUCCCAAUUCUCAAUUCUUCAGUGGAUGAAAAUUGUGAAAACAUUACAUAUAAGACAAGUCACAACAUUGGUAUUGCCAUGGAUACCAGUAAGGGCCUAGUAGUACCCAACAUAAAGGGUGUUCAGGGGCUAACAUUGCUAGAAGUAUCUGCUGAGCUGAACCGCUUGCAGAAUUUGGAAUCACGAGGAUCUCUCAGAGUUCAGGAUGUCACCGGUGGAACAAUUACACUCUACAACAUUGGCUCAAUUGGGGGCACCUCUGCUAAAGUUGUGAUCCGACCUCCAGAAGUUGCUCUUUGUACUAUUGGCAAGAUUCAGACUUUGCCGAGGUUCGAUGCUGAAGGUAAAGUAACAAAAGCACACAUAAUGCAGAUUAGUUGGUCCGCUGACCACCGCAUUAUCGAGGGAACCACUGUGGCACAGUUUUCAAAUCUCUGGAAAUCUUUCAUCGAGAAUCCUGCAACAAUGAUAAUUUAUAUGAAGUGACAAGAUAGUUUACUAGAGAAAUAACCUUGGUUGGAGCCUUGUGUUUAAUAAAAAGCCAUCAUAAGUAUACUAACAUGCAAAGGAUCUCAUGUCUGGGGGUUUGCAAGAAUAUGUUUUUGAGAAAUAUGCAUAGUGUCUUGUGUCAUUAUAUUUAUCUUACUCCACAUUAUGAAAAAGUGACAUUUAUUUUAAGACAAGUUAAAAUUUUGUUUAAAGUUUCGGAUGCUCUAAUUUGUGUAGUUUUCAUACAUGGCUGCUUAUCAAUUUGUUAUAAAAUCAGAAGUGUAUACACUACAGUAUUUUAUUCUCUCAAAAAGGGUCAGUCUAAACCAGACUUUUGAACAGUAUCAGUUCAUAUUGAUACUGUAGUUGCUUUAACUGACAUGUAUUGUCAAUUAGAUUGACUGUUCUGUCCAGUUGGAUUUUUUGUUUUUAACCAUAUAGAUAUCAGAGCAGCAAUAAUGUGUAUUGACCUUAUUACAAAAUUCCUAUAUUUGAUAGUUAUUACUAGUAACUAAUAGAAAUUUUAAACAAUAAUUGGAAAGAGUACAGUAUAAAAAGAAAAGUGUCUGUAUAAAUCCAAAUACAGUGUAUGUAGUUUUCAGUGAUAGACCCCCAUGAAAAUUAUACUGUGAUUCUAAUUUUGCUUUUAAGAAUUCUACUAUAUAUCUAUACUCCUCCCUGGAGGAUGUCAAGAUUGAGUGUGUAAUAUAUAGUACUAUCUCUCGGUCUAUUUUUAAACUCAUAAGUUGCAUUACUUUUUUCAUGAUACUAUUCACCUUUCAUACUCCUCUUUUUAUAUAAUACUGUCCUGCGUAUUAGUCAGCAGUCUUGGACAGGUUUGAGCCCUGGGCAAGGAGUCAACCGAGCACUAAUUGCCCUUUAGCUGACCUUCCAAGAUAAACAGUAGUAUUCUAGUCUAAUGAAUAGUUAUGCACCUCCUUGUAAAAUGUCCUCUUUUUUUUCAAUAUUUUGCUUUCCUAAUGUUCUUACAUUGAACCCUUGGGAAUCCAAUACUUUUGUCACUCAGUUUAUUUGCCUGUCUGCUCAUAUUGGCAUCCUGAGUGGUAUUUAGCACAUUUGAAUAGCCUGUGAUACACAGUGCUAGUCUUGCUGGCUUAGGCACCUGUUGAUAAUUACUUAAUCUAAUCAGUCUGGACUUUUAAAUGACAUGCCCAUCUGUCUUAACAGAGGCUAAUUAUUAUAAUUCAUUAUUUUUACAAGGUUGGCAUAACACGUGCUUCAUUUGGUCGAAUCUUUGAAGCGAAUACUUGUUAGUGAUAUCAGUCGGUGGCUCUUGCCUUCCGACUGUCUUGUACAUAUAUAGAUACCAUAUUAGUUAUUUUCUAAACCUUUUAACUUUCUCCAGUCUAUCGUGGGUUCUACACAAUGAUACAGCAGCCUAUUUUAGUAUCCAUGUUGAAAUCCAGUUUGGCUUUUAUCAUGCUCAGCUUCUCUAGUUGUCACUUGAUUAGUCUCUUCCGGGGGUAUUGGCUCAUUAGAUUAAAGACCUACCCAAAAUGCUAUGCAUGUUAGUGGCUUUGCAAGAAUACCAAUGUUAUGUGAUCUUACAAACCCAGUGUACCUCCCUUGUGUGUGUGUGUAUAUGUAUGUGUGUGUGUGUGUGUGUGUGAUAUAUAAAUAUAUAAGUAUAUAUAAAUAUAUAUAUAUAUAAAAUCUAGGUGGUGUGAUGCUGUAUGAAAACUAUGGAAGUUUAACCCUAGUACUUUACACUCAGUUUUAUUAUUUUCCAUGUAUCAUCCCUCUUGUGUAGCCUUAUAUCAUUUACCAAUAUGUGGCUUUGAAGUACAGUAGACUAGGUCUUGGCACCGAGGGCUGCCAUUUAAUUUUUGUACUACUCUAAGACCUAUGUAUUUGUGUGAUGACCUAUUUCUGGUUUAUAGAACAAACUCGUGUCAUUUGUAAUAUUAAACAUACGGUCAGGACAGUAGUAGUUACAUAAAUACAUAAAGUAUUGUAGAAGCAAUAAUUACAUACUUUAGCAGGUAUGGUCACACGUUCUUGCAAUACCAGAUGAAUGUCUAAAUGUACUAUUUUCAUAUACAGUAUAUACUAAAUUGUAUGAUAGUUUUGUUUUAUAUUGAGGGGGGGAUUUGUAUGUAUAUCACACCAUUCUGAAUAUUAUACAACUGUUUUAGUACAAGUACACUCAUACAAAGAAUUUAAUAAUAAAUAUGUAUAGGAAUGCAUGAGUUAUGUCAGAGCAUUUGGAGAUGUUAUUUACUUUUGCAGUGCACUGUUCAAACCUCUUAUACAGGGUUUAAUAAAGGGUCUUUUGCAACCAAUAGCAUUUAUACUGAUAUUUAUAAAAUUUUCAAUUAAAUAUUUAUAAUAUAAAAAAAA